GUCCCGAUUAAUGCCAAAUUUUAUUCCGUAUGUCAGAAGCCACAAAAUAGGCCCGCUAGGCUAUAUAGCUACAUUUAUUUGUUUUAAUUCAAACACACAAUUGCCGUCAUAAUCUAACAUGUUAUUCAGUCACUAAAAAUUUUACACUGUUUACGUGUUAAAAAAUCAUAUUGUUAUACAAUAGCUCACUUAUGUGAGAAGCUCAAAAGUUCCAGCGCAGUCAUAGUUUCUGUAACAAACAUUGAUGAAAAAUUCGUCGUGAUGUUGACGCUCACAAUGCAACGAUUGCUGCUGCUUCUCGGUGGCGUCGCGGCCGCGACAGCAGAUGUUGGGAGCCCAGUGUUUUCGUCGGCCGUGCGCACCCACGUGAGCGUAGCAGAAGGCAAGACUGCGCUGCUCAACUGUACCGUUCAUCGUGCGAGGAUGUACAAGGUGGCGUGGCUGGACCGAGCCCGAGGCGUGAUCCUGAGUAUGGAGGAGAACGUGGUGACGGGCAACCCUCGAGUCUCCAUCAUGCACAUCGCUGGCAGAGGCUCGAGCGACUCCUGGCUGCUGUCUCUCAGAGACGUGGUCGUGUCGGACGCUGGAACUUACAUGUGCCAGCUCAACACUGUGCCCAGACUCAGCAAGAUCUUCGUGCUUUCUGUUGUCCGUCCUCCUCGCAUCCUGGACUCCGGCAGUGGGGGAGACGUACACGUGGUGGAGGGCGACCGCGCUGAGCUCAGAUGCUCGGCUGAGGGAACUCCAACGCCUACCCUCACAUGGCGCCGUGAGGAUGGGGAACUCAUCAGCACCCUCGAGGGCACAGGACCGGUGACGGACGACGGCCGCCUGAUCUUCACGCGCACGCACCGCAAGCACGCGGGCGCUUACCUCUGCAUCGCCAACAACGGCGUCCCUCCUCCAGUGUCUCAACGUGUCCAGCUCUCUGUUGCUUUUGGGCCCGAGGCCGCUGCGCAGUCACGCAUGGAAGGAGCCAUCAUGGGCCAGGAGGCCAACGUCUCGUGCGUCGUGACGGGAUGGCCCAAGCCCAGCGUUUACUGGACAAACCGAGCUGGACAGAGGCUUGACGUACACCAACGAGCCCUGGACUCCAUAAGUUCUGGCUUCAUCCCCGAAGAAGACAAACAACCUCAGCUAGUGAGUGGCACCAGUAGCAUCAACAGCACCACGGACCUGGCAUGGCUUAUGGUGACAGUGCUGAGCAGCACAGAUCUCCAGCACUACCACUGCUUUGCCAACAGCACCUUAGCAAGCGCUAAUGACAGCAUUCUUAUCUAUGAGAUACCUGCACCAACCACCACCACCACAACAACAACCACCAUAACCACACCUCGGGGCACCUCGGAUAGUAUCAUGGACCAGGGGAUGUACCAUCCCUACAGUGAAGAGUAUCUGCUUUGGAGAGACGGUACGAACUCCAGUCUCAGCGUCUCUGCUGACAAAGAAGACCGGCCGCCGCAGCAGAGCGAGCGCGCCACCCCCGACAGAACUGUUAGCUCCACCGCCAUCGCCGGGUCAAGAACAAACGACAGGAAGUAUUUUCAGUUUUCGUCGGGAGAACUGGUUGCAGCAGGUGACAAAUUGCCUGCACUACUGGCAGUUAUGCUGUCACUCCUGGCACUUCAAGCGCGGUUCGUUCCUCCCAGCGGCCCUGUACGACCGCUGACACCUGUUCACAACACAGGUAUUCGGUCUUCAAGUGCGCCAGGAUCCUUCGCUGCAGGAUUUUGCUCAACUGGAAUAGGCCCCAGCAAGGAAUUUUCAGGUAACGACGCAUCAAGAACCUCGGUGCUUUCCCAGUGAUGCGGCAUCAGAUAUGGCCAUUUAAAGACUACAAUGUUGUUUCAAGAUACUCAAUUCUAGAUUAGUCUAAAUAAAUUUAAUAUUUUUCACUGUUUAGGCUAAAUAUAGUAACGCAGCUCGUUGCAGUUGAUCUUGAUGUGUAAAGGUAAAAAAUGCAGACAAGAACUUCAAAAUUUGAUCGAAAAACAAAUCGCUACGUUGGAAACUAACAUCCCCUUUUAAAACAUUAAAAUAUGUUUUUCUAACACUAGCCUAAGUUCGUUUAUAAUUUAUCUCUUUGACUUUGAGUGCAAUAAUUCUGCCAAAUCCAAAUGAGCUGCGGUCGUUGGACUCAGGAUCAUUUAUGUAUCUGCUAACAAGUAAUCUCAAUGGAAAUUAAUUGCAGUCAUUAGAGUAAACGAUGGCGUAAGUAAAUUAGACACUCGCGUCCUUUAAUUGUCACUUUAGUUUCGAAGCGCUCAUGGUCUUCACGUUAACU